CCGGGGGGCGGGGGCGCGCACCGGGGGACGGGGGCGGGGCCGCGGGUUGGCUGCCCCGCCCCCAUCCCGGCCGGACCCCGCGGCCGCAGCCGCGCCCCCGGCCCGAAAUAGCGCGGGGCGGGGUCGGCACCGCCAUGGCGAGGCAACCUGCAAAGACACUGUGGUACGACCGCCCGCGGUACGUGUACCUGGAGUUCUGUGUCGAGGACAGCAGGGACGUGAAGGUCACCAUCGAGGACCACCGGCUGGUGUUCAGUUGCAAAAAUGCAGACGGUGUGGAGUUCUACAACGAGAUCGACCUGUACGCCAGGGUCAACUCCAAGGACUCACGGGAGAAGCGCUCUGACCGCUCCAUCACAUGCUUUAUGAGGAAGUGGAAGGAGAAAGUGGCCUGGCCACGCAUCACCAAGGAGAACAUCAAGCCAGCCUGGCUCUCCGUGGACUUUGACAACUGGCGAGACUGGGAAGGGGACGAGGAGGUGGAGAGGGCCAUGGUGGAGCAGUACGCAGAGAUGCUGGAGAAGGUGACAGAAAAAGGCCCCCCGCCAGCCAUGGACGACCUGGAUGAUGACUGACGCCGAGGCGCCCGGGGCCGCCGCGGCCGGAGGAGGCCAGACGGUGCUACCGAGGAGCGGCGCGGGCAGCGAUCUCCGGGGAAGCGGGCCCGCCUCAG